GGAGCAGCGGGGCACAGCGGCUUCGACGACGAUCGAGUUGCGCGUGGUGCUUUGUACAAGUUGGUGUUCAAGUUGGUGGUGCUGUAAUCUGCUGGAACAAAACUUCAGUGAUUAGUGAUGAAAACUAUACAAAUAUUGUGAUUGUGUACUUUUUGAACAUCGACUACAAAUUUUAGAAUUCAAAAUUUCGUGUAGUUUCAAUGGUUAACUUUAUGGCAACUACAAAAUAAAUAAAUAAAACUGCUAAUACUUACGAUGUCUUACAACUCCACGCUUGACAGCUUUUGCGGGACACCGUUUUGGAACAGUACUGCCACCUGGUACACGGAUAAUCCUGAACUAACACCAUGUUUCCAGCAGACUGUCCUCAUUUGGACACCCUGUCUCUAUCUCUGGGUGUUUGCAUUCCUUGACUUAUAUUACAUAUUCAAUAGUAAGGAACGAAAUAUACCAUGGAACAUACUGAACAUCACGAAAUUGCUAGUAACAUGUCUUUUAAUAGUUUUGAAAUUUGUGGACUUGGGUGUAGCAGUCCAUUUAUCUUCAAACGGGGAAAAGGAAGUCUACAAUGCGAAUUAUUACAGUCCUGUAAUAAAAAUACUAACAUUCGGCUUAUCAGCAACAUUGCUAUUCUAUAACAGAAAGUAUGGUAUGAGAGCAUCUGGAGUGCUCUUUUUCUUCUGGUUACUGCUCGUCGUAGCUGGAAUACCCCAGCUAAGAUCCGAAAUUAUCGAUCACAAGAAUUUAGAUGACGACGAAAACGUCAAAUACAAUUUUAUUAGUUACAUGGUCUACUAUCCUUUGAUAGUUCUCAUGUUCAUACUUAAUUGUUUUGCCGAUUUGCCACCUAAGGACACGCCUUAUAAGUAUCAAAAGAAUCAAUGUCCGGAGAAUGCAGCGGGAUUCCCGAGCCGCCUCACGUUUAGCUGGUUCGAUCCGCUCGCCCUGACUGGAUUCCGCAGGAGUCUUGUUGAGAACGAUCUGUGGGCCCUGAACCCACCGGACUCUUCAAAAGAAUGCGUUCCGAAAUUCGAUAAAUUUUGGGAAAGAUCUCUGAAGAAACGCGAACUAUCGAACGGUACUAAGGCGACGUACCGAAAAACUUCAGCCAGUGUCAACUUCAAGCCAGAAAAUGAAAAGAAGCCAGCCUCGAUAUUACCAGCACUGUGUCUCGCAUUUGGAGGACAGUUUCUUUUUGGUUCUAUCUUGAAGUUAAUCAACGAUAUUCUCAUGUUUAUAUCUCCACAGCUCCUCAAAUUAUUAAUAAGUUUCGUUAAGAACGAUGAACCGGACUGGAAAGGUUACGCAUACGCCGUCGCGCUGCUGCUGUGUGCCAUUACUCAAACAAUGCUAUUGGCGCACUACUUCACUAGGAUGUAUCUAGUGGGUAUGAGGAUCAGAACAGCGUUGACGAGCGCCAUCUACAGAAAAUCCCUACGUUUGUCGAACUCGGCUAGAAAGGAGUCAACCGUUGGAGAAAUUGUCAAUUUGAUGUCUGUCGAUGCUCAGAGAUUCGUUGAGUUAACGGCAUAUUUGAACAUGAUAUGGUCGGCGCCUCUGCAGAUCGCCCUCGCCCUAUAUUUCUUGUGGGCUAUCUUAGGUCCGUCAGUACUCGCUGGUUUGGCGGUAAUGAUCAUUCUUAUACCGGUGAACGGUCUAAUAGCGAACAGGGUCAAGACAUUACAAAUAAAACAGAUGAAGUACAAGGAUGAGAGAGUUAAACUUAUGAACGAAGUGCUCAAUGGAAUUAAGGUUCUGAAAAUGUACGCUUGGGAGCCUAGCUUCGAAGAUCAGAUCCUGCAAAUAAGGAACAAGGAAAUGCACGUACUGAAACAAACAGCGUAUCUAAAUUCUGCGACCUCUUUCAUUUGGUCAUGUGCUCCGUUUUUGGUGACCUUCUUAACGUUCUUCACAUAUGUGAUAUCCGAUCCUGAGAAUAAUAUCCUGACUGCCGAAAGGAUAUUUGUUUCGAUGUCGCUGUUUUUCACAAUGAACGUACCACUAGGUUUUCUGCCUUUCAUCAUUGUUUCCGCUAUAGAGACGUCUGUAGGCAUAAAGAGAUUGAACAAAUUCAUGAACUGCGAUGAGCUCGACAUUAGUUCCGUCGAUCACGACAAGAAAGAGCCCAGUCCCAUUGUUAUCGAAAACGGGAAUUUUACCUGGGGCGAAAAAGAUGCCGAUCCUGUAUUGAAGAAUAUUAAUUUGAAUGUACCGCGUGGUUCCUUGGUGGCUAUAGUCGGAGCUGUAGGUUCCGGGAAGAGUUCAUUGCUAGCUGCAAUGCUUGGCGAGAUGAACAAGAUAUCAGGCAGAGUGAAUACACACGGCAGCAUAGCGUACGUUCCGCAACAGGCCUGGAUCCAAAAUGCCACGCUACAAGAUAAUAUACUCUUUGGGAAGCCUCUGCAGCAGCAGUCUUAUAAUAACGUUAUUAAUGUGUGCGCCCUCAAACCCGACUUUGACGUGUUGCCUGGAGGAGAUCAGACCGAAAUCGGAGAGAAAGGUAUAAACUUAUCGGGCGGUCAGAAGCAGCGCGUGUCGCUGGCGCGCGCCGUGUACCACGAGGCGGACAACUACCUGCUGGACGACCCGCUGAGCGCCGUGGACUCGCACGUCGGCAAGCACAUCUUCGACAAGGUCAUCGGGCCCGCCGGCCUGCUCAAGGACAGGACGCGCGUCUGGGUCACGCACAACGUGUCCUACCUCGCGCAGACCGACCUGGUCGUCGUGCUGCGCGACGGACAGGUCUCCGAGGCCGGCUCCUACCAGCACCUGCUCGAGAAGAAGGGCGCCUUCGCUGACUUCCUGCUUCAUCAUCUGAGCGACAUCGAGAAAACUUCGCCUGACGAGUUAGAUGUUCUCAAGCAAGACCUGGAAACAAAACUCGGUACAGAAUUCCAAAACAAACUGCAAAGGGCUCGCUCGCUCUCCGAAAGUACUUCAGAAUCGGAACAAACUCCCGCAGGUGAUAGAGCUGGCAGCGUGAAACAAAAGACUCCUGACGCCCUCACCCAAAGCGAUCUCAAAGAAAAGAACAAACUGAUUGAAGCCGAGAAAGCGGAAACAGGAAGUGUGAAAUGGAGUAUAUAUAAGCACUACUUGAUGAGCGUCGGUGUUUUCGCGUCCGUCGUGACGAUUCUGAUGAAUCUGAUCCUGCAAGUGUUCCAAGUCGGCUCCAACUACUGGCUGGCGGAGUGGUCCAGUGAUUCGAAAAUCAUUGUUAACGGAACAGUGGACAGAGCAAAAAGGGACAUGUACCUCGGUGUGUAUGGAGCGCUUGGAGCAGGACAGGUGCUGUCGGUGUCGGUGUCGUCGCUGGCGCUGUACCUGGGCACGCUGGCGGCGGCGCGCGCCCUCCACGCGACUCUGCUGGCCGGCGUGCUGCGGGCGCCAUCCAUCGGCUUCUUCGACUGCACGCCCGUCGGCCGCGUGCUCAACCGCUUCAGCAAGGACGUUGACGUGCUCGACAACACGCUGCCCAUGACGCUGCGGGGCUGGACGUCCUGCUUCUUCUCGGUACUGGGAACGCUGUUCGUGAUAAGCGUGUCGACGCCCUUAUUCUUAGUGAUCGUGGUCCCGGUGGGUCUGAUCUACUACGUGAUCCAGAGGUUCUACGUGGCGACGUCCCGGCAACUCAAACGGCUGGAGUCGAUAUCGCGAUCGCCCAUCUAUUCGCAUUUCGGCGAGAGUAUCACCGGGGCGUCUACAAUACGAGCCUACGGUGUAACUGACAGAUUUAUUGAAGAAAGCGAAAGUCGAGUGGAUCACAAUCAGUCUUGCUAUUACCCGAGCUGCAUCGCGAAUCGGUGGCUGGCCAUCCGUCUGGAAAUGAUUGGAAACUUCAUUAUAUUCAGCGCGGCUGUGUUCGCGGUGCUCGGUAGAAACUCUAUCUAUCCGGGUAUUGUAGGACUCUCGAUCAGCUAUGCGCUACAGAUCACCCAAACUCUCAAUUGGUUGGUCAGAAUGACUUCUGAAGUUGAAACGAAUAUUGUCGCCGUCGAAAGGAUAAAAGAGUACGCGGAAACCGAACAGGAAGCUGCGUGGAACUUGGAGAAGGGGCCUGGCGCGACGUGGCCCGAGACGGGAGCGCUACAGCUGGAGCAGCUGACGCUGGAGUACCGCCCCGGCGAGCCGGCGCUGCGUGACGUCACGUGCACGGUGGCGCCGCGCGACAAGCUCGGCAUCGUGGGACGCACCGGCGCCGGCAAGUCUACUCUCACGCUCGGGCUCUUCAGGAUCGUGGAGGCAGCCGCCGGACGCAUCCUGAUCGACGGCGUCGACAUCGCGACCCUCGGGCUGCACCAGCUGCGGUCGCGCAUCACCAUCAUCCCGCAGGAGCCGAUCCUGUUCUCGGGCACGCUGCGCUCCAACCUGGACCCGUUCGAGGCGUACAGCGACGAGGAGAUCUGGCGCGCGCUGGAACACGCCCACCUCCGCGCCUUCGUGCAGGGGCUGCCGGCCGGGCUGCGGCACGAGGUGGCGGAGGGCGGCGAGAACCUGUCGGUGGGACAGCGCCAGCUCGUGUGCCUGGCGCGCGCGCUGCUGCGCAAGACGCCGCUGCUGGUGCUGGACGAGGCCACCGCGGCCGUCGACCUCGAGACCGACGACCUCAUCCAGAAGACGAUCCGCUCGGAGUUCGCGUCGUGCACGGUGCUCACUAUCGCGCACCGCCUCAACACCAUCAUGGACUCCACUAAAGUGAUGGUGCUCGACCGCGGGCAGCUCGUCGAGUACGCGGCCCCUCAGCAGCUACUUAACGAUAAAAACUCCAUUUUCUACUCCAUGGCUAAAGAUGCCGGAAUAGUUAACUAAGUGUUUCCACUUCAAGAGAAUCUUGAUAACUUCUUAAGUGUUAUAAGCGUAUAAAAAACUACUUAUGUCAAUUGUACGUUUCGAACAACAGGAUAAUACUCAGUGACAGCUACGUUUAACUGAUGAACAUAUUUGGUCGAAAUCUUAUGCUAAUAAACCGAUCCCGGUAAGUUGUUAAAGUUUUAAACUGAACAGAUUAUUUGAGAUAAUGAAUUUCCAUGGCCAUUUACUUAAGGGAAAGUUGAUUAGCCGACGUCCCGAGGACGGCGUGCCCCGUGCGAUACACAUUCCGAUUAGCAGUUUGACGAUCCGUCAUUCCGAUAGAAACAGCUGACUAUCGAAUUAUAUGAUUGGUUUUGGCAUCGCUAAACACUAAAACGUGAAAUGUCACGUAAACCUUGAAAAUGUAAAAAAAAAACAACUAUGUAUAUUGAUUUAGAAUACUUUCAAAUUUUCACAUUUGUAUAAAAAUACGUCGAUUUUGUUGACGGUACCUGUACACUGUUUAUUAAGGUACCUCGUAAACCUCGAAUUCUUAAUAAGUAAUCGUAAACUCGAAUAAAAAUUAUGAUCUGUUUGUUAAAAAUAUAUGAUAAUAUGAAGAAAAAUUCAUCGACUUUUUUAUAAAAAUGUAGAAAUUUAAAGAGCUGAUACGUUUUAGUCAAUUGCAACAUUCGACUUAAAAAGUUUUUGUAUGUUAUGAGUGUUUAUUGAACCGACAUCACAUUGCCAUCAACACUGUACUUAAUUUAAGAUUUUCAAAGACAGGGUUAUACAAUAUUUGUUUAUAAAUAUACAUUCAAUAAGUUUUACAUUGUAUUAUGAUUUAGUUUAUUAAUUCUAAGUAUUACGAUUGUUUUUAGAUUUGCGCAACUACUCAAAACAUAACAUUUUUUUCAAAUACCUACCAAACUACUGCCAAUUAUCAUUUUUAUCUGUGGAAAAUGUCAAACUAUUAAUAAAUCAUAGAAAUCUUCAAUCGUUAAUUCAAACUGGUUAUUUAUUUCCAUUUUUAAAUAAUAGUCAUCAGACAAGUAUUUUGUCUGAUCUUGUAACAUAGCUGUAGAUAUGUGUUACCUGUAUGUUGCAAAAUUUUGUAAAUAAGCGAGUGCCUGUGAUUUUCCACUGCUUUUUUUUAAACGGUCCGUUGCAAAUUUUCACCGUCUAUGUUACAAAUACACUACCUACCUUUUCAACUUUUAUCAAUCAAAAGGUGUAUUUUAUAUUUAUAUUGCGUUUAUUCAUUAAUAGGACAGUAGAUUCCAUUCCAAGGCGGCUGUCUAUAUUUCUAGCAUGGACAAUAUCUGUGGCAGCAUAAUGUAUCAAUGUAACCUUUCACUAUCUAAUCUAAUAAUAAAGCUAAUAAAUCUUAAAAACUUGUCUGAGAGAAAAUAUUCAGAAGAAUUAAACCAAUAGUUCCCAAAAAAUUAGAUAUUGCCGGAUUAAAAAUAAAUUAUCAGUAGACUUAACCGCUGACGAACCGUUAUUUUUAAAAUUAAAUUUUGCACAACAUCCCAAUUAAAAAUCACACAUCAUAUUCGAGGGUGUGUCUUGAAGUGAAAGUAAUUUUGAACUUUUGAAUUUUACUAAAUGAAAUUCAACGAAAUAUAAUAUAUUACAUAAUAAUAUAUUAUGUAGAACAGCAGAAUGUUUAUUAUAUUACAUAUAUUAUAUUUCGAAAAAAUUUAAAUCUUAAAAGACGUUCUGAAAACUGUUUAACUAAUGUCUUAAUCACUAAAAUUUUUUAAGUACUUUAACAUCGCAUUUAUUCAUAUUAAUAUAUCUUUUUUUCUCUACCAACAGUAUUUAUUGCACUUAAUUAUGUGAUUUUGUCUCUUAGAUCUAGGCAAAAUAAAACAUCUUGUAGGAUACACCGCGCCUUAGAAUUAUAAAUUUUCAUUCAAGAAUAUUUUAUAAAUUUAUAAUAUUUGUAUGUAUAUGUAUACACUGUAGCUAUUUGAAUAAAUAUUACUUUGAUAGGAGUGAUACUAGAACAUUGUUGUUGUAACAUGUUUAUUGUAAAGCCAUAUUGCACUAAGCGCCUUACUACAAGUUGAUUUUGCUCAUAAAUAUGAAAAAAAUAUGCAGUGAAAAGGGAUCGUGGGCGUUUUAUAAGAAGACAUCGCAGGAAAAAAUUAUUUUACCAAUGAUACUACGCUCAAUGCAAAACUAAUAAAUCAUCGUCAUGUUCGGGAUCAUUGCUUGCACAAUGUGAAAUGUCUGUCUUCGUUCAAGAUAACUUCAUUACAUAUCAAGUUUCUGAAUUAGGGUAAUUGAUCUUUCAGACAGACAUGGUUUGAUAAAUAAUUUGGAGUAAAUUAUUAGCAGUACAUAAUAUGUUUUUGUUGAGUUUUUGCGCAAUCGGUCGUUUCAUAAGAAACCUCACUUGAAAUCCAGCCGUGGCCAUUCUAAUCUAUUGUUUACCAUUUUUGUGAUUUCGACUUUUGUGUUCCUAAUUUAGGAUCGAAGUGCGGUAUCCUUUAUACGUAAAAUAAACGAAUAAAAUUAAUAAUUCGUUAUCAAACUGUUGUCAGUUACAUAUUUAUUAACGUUUUAACUUAAUAAAUUAUCAAAUUGUGCUUUGAGAAAAUACUUCGAAGUUACCACCACACUGCCUAUGUAAAAAUCUGUAAUAAUACAACAGUUGACACUUAAAAUACUGGUACUUAAGGGUGAAGAAAUAUGAUUGGUUAUUAAAUUUUAUUGCUCAUUUGCUUUAAAUAAUAACUUUAUGAAAAUGUCACAUCCGAGAUUUUUAAACUUUUAGUAUAUACGUACGUACUUACAAAAUAGUUUUAAGUCGAUUUAUUUAGAUAAUGUCGUUUUUGUGAACAAAAUCUGCAUUUUAUUGUUCAUAAUUUUACAAUAGUUGACAAAACCGUUAUGUGUUUGUCUGUUAUUAAUACACAAUGUGAAUAGUAAUGUAUCAUAAACAAGUUAUGUAGGUACUUGGGUAAUAAUGUUAAUGUGCGAAGCUUGUUAUGUAAUAGAAUGUUAGUAUUUAGUUAGGACCACACUAUGUGCCUAAAUUAUUUAUGAUCUUGAUUAUUAAAAAGAAGUUAACAAUUGAGUGAAUUUUGUUCUUAAUUAGUAAAAAACUAUCUAAGUAUAUGUAUCGCGUUCUCUAAUUGAUGAUUUGUUGUGUUUAUUGGAAUUUUCAAUAAUUAAUUUACGGAAUUACUUAUUUUAGGUACUUAUCUGGUUUUGUUACUUGCCUUUAUUUAUCAUAAAUACAAUAUU